UCCGAGGCACCUGCCUGUUCAAAAACAAACCGGGACAAGCUGUAAAAGUCAAGCCGGGUUGGAAUAAAUUAAAUUAUUGGGCACUAAUUGAUACUUGUAUCUGCGUUAAAUCUCUGUGAGGUGAAAAUUUUAAGAAAAGAAAGAACCGGGCGAGCUCCAUCAGGCACUGGUGUGGACGGCCACAGGUUCUGGGUUCCACGGUUGGAAGGUGUUGGUGAGCUCCGGGUUCGAUGGGAGCGCCACGUGGAAUUUCGCGUCUCGAGAGGUGCGGAGCCGGUUUAGUGGAGUAUCCAAGGGCUGGGCUGUUUUCCACGAGCUUCGUUGCAGGUCGAGAGAGGAGUGCAGAUGAGGCGAACGGACUAACGGAGUCCCAGCCCCGACCGGGAGCGGUACCGCCCACCUGCUAGGAAGAAGCCGGGCAGAAGGGUGUCGGGAGGCGGGCAGGCGUGGGAACGCUGCGGUGAGAGCUGGCUCGUGGCGAUGUGAGCGCGAUCAGAGGAAAUCAGGAGGCCCCAGCCGUGCGUGCGUGGUGCGCACCUGUCAUCCCAACCCUUGGGAGGUGAAGACUGGAGGACCAAAAGGUCAAAGUCACCUCGACAAGGAAACGAGUUCGAAGCCAGUCUGGGCUACUUGAGACCUUAUCUUAGAUUUAAAUUUUUUCAUUUUGUUUUUUCAAAUAAGUGUAUCCUGAGCCUGGGAUACUUGGGGAAGUUUUAAUUCUGGUUUUCAGAAGCAUCCCCAGUUGUCUGCCAGGGGCAUAAUCCAGUUAUUUGUAUAGGACUCAGUACUUGGUCACAUCACAGCUCUCCACUUAGUUCUGAUUGUUACAGAAGUUGACGUUCAAAGUUUCUGCCCCAAAUACGUGAACAGUGAUCCGCAAACGUGGGGGUCCUGGAGGGACGACUGCAAGAAGUCAGCCAGGACAAGUUCAAGAACAGUGAAUGUGAUGUAUUGAAGAGUUCCUGAGAGUGGGAGAGGUUCCAAGUGAGGAAUACCCACCUGGAGGUUCCUGUUAUCUCUUUACUAAGUGAAGAGGAUGGGUGAUGCUGGUCCCAGAAUGGAAGUGUGUCCUUAUUGUAAGAAGCCAUUUAAGCGAUUAAAAACCCACUUGCCACACUGUAAGAUGAUAUCUGCUGAUCAAAAAGCGUAUCAGUCCAAGCCAGCUACACUUUCACGUGCUACAAAAGAGAAGAGGCCUACCAAAGACCUAACCAAAGCUAGAAGGAAAGGGCUAGAGACAGAGAGUGCAAGAGGAAAUGUGAACUCAGAAAGGGGCAGAUCAGAAUGGACAGCUGCCACCUUUCCCCAGCCAGCGGAUGUCUUGGAAAGAGCGAGUACAGCAGAGGCAGGAGGAGAAACCAGAGAUCAAAAUCAGCCCUCCUUCCAGGCACCCAAACAUGUCAUACCAAAGGUGGCUCUGCAGAGAGUCAUGACCCCUCAGGCUCGAGCAUCAGACGCCCCCUCUCCUGAGAAAGAACUCGACAGAGAUGUGACUGGAUCCAAGGGAAGUCCAUGUCAUCCCUCAGAGACCAAAGCAUCUGUACUGGUUGGCUCAAUGGAGCCAGUUUUAUCUAGUCAAGAUAGAACAUACUCCUCAGCUCAGCCUCAUACUAAACCCUCCACUUCUGCAAGUCUGAAAUUGGAUACACUCGAUCCCCCAAAACAGAAGCUUCUGGCAAAAUUCUUAGGUGUGCCUGUUAGUGAUUGUCAUUCUCCAAAGAAUGGCAGCCAUGGGGUUCAGAGAGGAGCACCCUCAGUGUUGAGCAGGGAGAGCAGUUCCCGAGACGGAGGCCACCUCUCAGGAGUCUCUCCCGACCCUGCCAAUGCUGAGACUCAACAGAAGUCCGAAUCACUCCUCUUGGGCCUUCAUACCACUCCACUGUCUAAAGCGCACGUCAGAGAGCACCAGGAACUUCGCCUAGGAGCAGAACUAUGCCAUAGGAAGGGAAAUACUGAGAACAGCAUGUCUGCCACAGAAGUACAGGAAAAGGCUUACUUAGGCCUUGGUGGUAAGGACCCCAUUUCACCCACAAAGGCAAAAGCAGAGGCAGCCCUUGCACUUUUGGACGUAUUUACUCCACCAGAGGGAACUUCAAAUAAGCUUCUCUCUAUACCAGAAUCAGGGCGCCAAUGCCUCGCCUCCCUGGCUGUGAAGUCUUCUCCGGAAGACAAAACCCAAUUCUAUGGCCAGAGUCAAGUCCCUGCCAUACCACUAUUAGUGGGAAGCAAGAGGGACAUUCUGGAACCCACGUCUUUCCGCCAACCCCAUGCAGCCCAGACAGGGUACCACAUACCAUCAUGUUCAGUUCCGUACCCUGUUUCUAGAAGCUCCCUCAUCAGUCAUGUUGCUGCUGCUGACUCAGAGGCUCCUCCCCGGUCCGUGGGACUGGAGUGGUUUCCAGAACUCUAUCCUGGUUACGUUGGUCUAGGAGUAUUGCCAAGGGGGCCUCAGCAUUGGAACUCAGCGUCUCACAUGCCUCCUGUCACUUCCCAGGGUGCAAGUGUCUCAAAAGUUCCUUGGUUGGGACGAAGUUCGGCUGAUAGCAGGAAUUCGGAACCCCUGGCGCAUACUACUUCCAGCUUCCCUCUACCGAGGCUCUUGGGAGCUGUGCACAAAGGCUGGGUGAGGUGCAGUACCACCAUAAAGAAGAGCAGUGUUGGGGGCCUCACGGUGCUCUUUGCUGGCUACUUCAUCCUGUGUUGUAGCUGGAGCUUCAAGCAAAUGAGUAAGCCGUCAUCAUCGGUAGCUUAAGUGACUCGUCGCCUCCCUUUGGGCUCUGGUGGUGACAUCCAGGAGCCCUGACGAAUGAGCUGUCACUGGGGCUCUGGAGCUCCAUUAAAGGUCUCCAAGAUUUGACUUACAUUUACAUGACUGCACUUGCUGCCCAUUAGUGAUAUCGGUGGUGGGCUGGAGGCCUUGGGUUUGUUUGUUUUUCCUGCUUUUAACCCAUCCCUACUAGGGAGAGGUGCCCUUCUUGGAGCCUGAGCAUUUUCAGUGGAAUAGAAGGGCUUUCUGCCACUUAGCACAGGAGAAACAGAAUAGUCCAUGUGCUUAAGACACAGCAGCUCCAUCCAUCCUUUCGUUCACUGGGUCUCCUUGUGCAGAUCAGGCUAGACUGACCCUCAGCACUCCUGCCCUGGCCUCUGGCCCCAAGCUGUCACUCCAUCUUCCUCGGCCUUUGAGAGCUAGGAUCACAGGGACAUGCUACCACACCUGGCUAGAGUCUGUAUGCUUUUUGUUUAG